AUGAUUUCAAACCAUCAACAACAACAACAUCCAAUGAUCCAUUCAGAUCAUUUGGAGAGACGACAAGACACAGUGCUUCUUCAUCCAAAGGAAUUAUCAAAUGAUAUCAAACAUUCUCUUUCUUCGAUCAAUGAAAUUUACAGAGAAUAUUACAAAAAGAAGACCUAUGAUGAAUCACAACAACAACAACAACAACAACCAUCACCACCACUUGAAUCCAAAAGAAGAAGAAGAAGAAUGGACAUGAUCAUUAAACAUUUCAUUGGACAUUCAAAAAUUCAUCAUCAUUCUCACAAAUCAAUACUACACCAACAACAACAACAACAACAACUGUUCCGAUCGUCAUUGACUAAACUUCUCAAUGUUCAAAAAUUCAUACGAAAUUCUAAAAAACCAAUACUACUGUUACUCUUUGUUGUGUCAUUGUAUACCUAUUAUUAUUAUUAUUUCAAAUUCAAUCAUUCCAAAAACAAAAUUUCUGAAAACAUCAUUUCUAUGAAAAAGAUUACAAAACAUUUUAGUUUAAUUGAAAUUUUAAUUGCUAUUAGUAUUCUUGUAACAUUUAGUGGAAUGACAAGCAUGGUCUAUAAUGAAAAAUUGAUUGAAAGUAAAAUAGCAUACACUAGAAUUGAACUAAAUUUAAUUUUACAACAUGUCUAUUUAUAUUAUACCACACAUGGACGAUAUCCUAUCUCUUUGAAUGACAUUGAAAAUUUAAAGACAAUUGCUUCAUUCGAAGAUCGAUGGGAUCAACCCUAUAUUUAUAUUCCUUAUAUCGAUUGGGUAUUCAUUAUUGAAUUAUUACAAAAAUCAAAUGUAGAUGAGAAAGAAGUGAAUUAUCAAUUGGAAUGUCUUCAAACCUUAAUUCAUGGAAUUGUCUCUUCUCAUCAGAUCGUAUCUAUCGAUCCAAGAAUCAUUCUAGUAGAAACCUCUCAACGACCCAUGUUGUUUAGUUUUGGAUAUCGAAAACCAAUAUUUGCGGACUCUUUUGAUGAACAAUCGAACAUGAUUUCCUCCAAUGAAUUUAGAGAGAGAAUUCAAUUAGUGGCACAAUGGAUAAAAAUUGCAAGAGAAAAAUCGGUAAGUUGA